AUGGCCACAGAAGGAGUGACCAAUUUAAACGAGGCACUACCAACAUCCAUUGGUGUGAGGAUGUAUGUGGUUGCCAAGCAUGCGCACAGUGAUUGGAUCGCGGAAUACUACAACUUUUGGUCCAAUCUGGCCUUUUGCGUUGCAGCACUCAUUGGAAUAAAGCGCUGUGUGGAGCUCAAGCUCAGUGUGGCAUUCUGGGCUGCAGAAGUCGUCAUGUGCUUUGGAAUUGGAUUUGGUAGUAUGAUCGUAUGA